AUGACUUCAUAUUGCCAAUAUCUUUGCCGUUCACCCACCUCACUAGAACCCGUUCCUCCUCAGUCACACUCCCAUUGCCUGAUCGCACUUGUUCUAGACUUGACGCACGAAAACAUGCUUUAAAGUUCAAACACUAUUUUUUUUGAGUCGCUCUUUCACAGCUAUAUACCCACUUCCACCAACCGCCAGUCACACCUAGAAUUAUGCCUUCCGCUCUGCCGUUAGAUUUGCGCCGCCAACUGUGCGCUUCAUGUUACAAACAAUGGAGCCAAAGUCUGGCUCCCACAAGAACUCAAAGAAUGGGACUACAGGGAAGUAAUCGGAUACAGCGCCGAUACAAGGGUUAUAUUGCUGCUCCUGGCGAACAAGCCAGGCCGAUCACUGGUUUCUAUGCAGGUUUGUCAUCACUACAUAGUGGCAAGAGCUUGUGGAUAGAAGAAGCAUUCAUACUGAACUGCACCAUAGAACUUCUGUACAAUCCGUUGAGAAGCGUAGCACCCGCGACCCGCACAGUCCCGGAACCACCAUUGCCUGAGUCACUUCCUAAGACUACGAAAGAAGAGACUAUAGAAAAAGCCCGUAUCGUAUUCGGAUCGAAGCUCGCAGGGCCAGGAGAACGUAAGGCGGCGAUCGACGCAAAAUCACAGGAGAUCGCGGGGGUGUUAGUGCCACCACGGCCGACCGAGCCAGACAAUUGCUGCAUGUCAGGGUGUGUGAACUGUGUUUGGGAUAUGUACCGCGACGACAUGGAGGAAUGGGCUGCUAAGAGUGCGGAAGCACGCCUGGCCUUGCAGGCCCAGAGAAAGGAAAAGCAGACCGGUGCUAAGAACGUCAAGGUUGGAGCACCUUCACACGUGCUUAUAAGCAUGGACGAUGAUGGAGGUGGCAGUGAGACCAAUUGGGCGCCGGAAGUAUCGCAGGAUAAACUAUUUGAUGAUAUCCCAGUGGGUAUUAGAGAGUUCAUGAGAACAGAGAAGAAGCUACGGCAGAAGCACCAAGAGGAACAGGCCCUCAGUAAUUAGAACGUUAUAUUCCGCCUCAAGAGCAAACAUACGCAUAGAUCGCUGGACAAGAAGAGAUGGUGCUGUACAGGAGAAAUGACAGGGCUAAUUGCCUCUGACCGUAA